AUGGCUUCAGUGUUCACCCCACCUCAACAAACAGCACCGACAUCUACCCUCAUCUUCACCAUCCACGCUGGCUUUCUCAUCCGAAAGAUGGACCAAGGGCCAUUUCCGCCGGAACUGCCACUGCCCCAAGGAAAUGGGCGGGGAACGUGUCGACACUGCGUGCAGUUCGAUCACAGCUUUUGUAGGCACGCUCCGGACCUCCCGCAGAUCAACCUCGAAUUCUUGUGCGACGAUGAAGGUCUAUCAGAUGUACCCCAGAUCUAUCGUCGACUUUUCCAGCGAACAAAAGUGUUCACUGCCACCGUACAGGAUCUAGUAAACAUAACCAUAAAAUGCAACCCUGCCGGGUGGGGCGAAGCCGCUCGUUCGAUUGUGGACUACAGUGUCUUCAUUCUGAGAUCCGAGAGGCUUGGAUUUGAGCGAUUCUUGCACAGCCAACGUGGCAGUAUUUACUGGAUGUUGGACGAUGCGCUGCUACGCAUCUGCCUUGACCGUUGGGAAAAUCGCCAAGCUGGCUCUCCAUGGGAUCAGGCUAUCGCACCUAUUCUGCUUACUCUCGCCGAUGCUAAGAGCCGUUUGCCCUCUUGGGUCGAACUGGAUGUACAAAACAUGGCGAAACACCAGAUCGACAACCGUGCGGCCGCCAAAAGCCUGACGAAGAGUUAUUUUGAUCAGACACAAGGAAUAGGAAAAUUACCCGCUGAGUUAGCUGAUGCUAUCAUCGGAGACGUUCUGAGUGCAGAAAACCUUCCUAGGGGAGAUCUAAGGCCAUUGUAUCUGCCAAAGGGCUGA